CAAACAAAGAGCAGUAAUCGGCUGUGGACUCAUACCAGCAAAGUAUUGAUCUACGUUUCAUUAUGCAAUCCGCAGAUUGGUAUGCCAAAUUUGUAUUCUUAUUUUUAGCAGUUGUUGUUUCUCCAUCUCAAAGGCGUAGCUGGCAAGUCCCUGUUCAGCAACAUUAUUCAUCUAAGAAUGGCAAUAUUCGACUUAGUAACGGUCAACGGGAAGGUGAGGGGCGUCUUGAAAUAUUUUAUGGUGGAUCAUGGGGAACGGUAUGCGAUGAUGGAUUUGGAAUUGAAGACGCAACGGUUGUGUGUCGUCAACUUGGCUACGAUGGGCCUUAUCAAAACAAUCCAGUAAGCACGUUUGGUGAAGGAACUGGCCAUAUCAAUCUGGAUAACCUUCAGUGUACAGGAGUGGAGUCUCGUAUUGCUGAAUGCAGUCAUAAUGGUUGGCGAAAUCAUGAUUGUGGACAUGGCGAAGAUGUAGGCGUCAUCUGCUUGGUGCACCACCAUGAGAUCACAUCAUUAAUUCGGCUCGUUGGUGGCAGUUCAGCUAACAAAGGACGUGUGGAGUUAUGGAGUGGAUACAACUGGAUUCCGAUCGUAAAGUCUUCCUGGACAGCUUCAGAGGCAAAGGUCACUUGCAGACAGCUGGGAUUCGUUGAUGGCGUUCUUUCAUAUGGAUCAUCUAAUGGCUACACUGAAGCACGCUACGGCCAAUCACAGAGUGAAAAUUGCUUUGGUGGCGCACAGUGUUCAGGCUGGGAACCGACGCUUAGUGAUUGUAGUGGACAUUCCAUUUCAUAUAACUGUCGUCACUACUAUGACGUGAGUGUAGAAUGCAACCCUAAUCGACAAAUCUUCGAAUGUCACUGCCUGACGUCAUCAGAAUGUAACGAUACUACAGGAAUUUGUCCCGAUGGCAAGUGCUCUGUGGGAUGGGCAGGGGAUUACUGCCAGAUAGAGUUACCAAGAUUGCCAGAACCACCACAGAUUAUUUUUGAAGAAUUAUCCCUCCGCAACUCAACUAACCCACUUGUCAGAUGGGACAAUUUUGAGGAUGAUUUCAAUUAUACCGGGGGACCUGUUGUAGGUUAUUCUAUUCACUACGUCGAUACGUCUCAAGUUGGAUACCAAGAAGUGCUGAUUGAUGACGUAGAAACCACAUCGUAUCGAUUAAAUAAUCUCCCUCAGGGCAGAAAUUACAACAUCGGUAUAUCAUGCUUGAUAAAAACAGGAUCUGUGACAUCUCGAGGCCCUCUGUCACCAACGAUGAAUUUUACAACACCAACAGAACAUACUAGGUUGGAUUUUGUGCUACUGAACUUUAACCCAAUGAUAGACUUUGAUGACGCAGAAUCCAGUCUCAAAAUAGGAGGUUACGCCAUUGGCGAGGACAGAACUAACAAUAUAAAUUUUGGACGUCGACUUGAUAGUGUACCUGGCGUUGACGAAAAGGAGCUUGGCUGGCUAGACGACGGUGUCCUGCAAACGAAUGACACCAUGUUUCCUGUACAAAGUACAGUUUCACAGAGAUUACUGUAUGAAUUCACAGCCCUAUUGUUAGAACUUCCCGCCAAUAUCAGUGUUGAAAAUAUUGGCGCGUUUUAUUCUUGGGCAACGAUCGGAUUACUAAGUUCCAACAUUUCAACUUUCACCGUUUCGAAAGAAGCAAACGUUCGGUCCACGAGUACUACUAUAGUCGCAGGUGUCGGCGAACGAGUUGAACUUGAGACGGAAAUCGAACGCAAUACAAAUGUCGACAUACUCCGUUGGCGCCAUAACGGAGGAGAAAUAAUAAGCAACUGGAAUGGCAAGACUAAAGUAAUUAUUGAAAGUGUUAGAACUAAAGAUGGCGGAGUAUACGAGUGUUACUUUGAUGGGGAAAGGGAGUUAGGGCUUCAGAGUUUUACUCAACUCAUUGUAAGAGGAUGUCCGUCUCCAAAAUGGGGCGCCGAGUGCGACAAAGACUGUCCAGUUUGUUACAAUGGAGGUGUAUGCCAUCCAAACACAAGGGACUGUGUUUGUCGUCCUGGGUACAUGGGCGACGAAUGUAGUGAACCGUGUGGAGAUAAUAACUGGGGACGUUCCUGCUCAUCAAUGUGUAGUACAUCAAACAGGGGGUGUGAUGGCAUUUUGUUCUGUUUACCUGAACCAAUGGGUUGCUCGUGUAUGGCUGGAUACAAAGGACAUGACUGUAAAGAAUUGUGUCCUUACGGUACGUUCGGUGCAGACUGUAGAAGCACUUGUCAUUGCAAGUUCAGUGCGUGUGACAGGUCGAUGGGAUGUUGGAACAUCACUUGUGAUGACGGCUUUGAGGGACCACAAUGUCAAGAAUACGAGGAUUCGACCCCAUGCCCCAAUGGUUUUUAUGGUACAUUAUGUCAGUAUAAAUGUCACUGUUUUUUGACGGAAAAAUGUUACAAGAAUGGAACAUGUCCCCUUGGCUGUCAAGAAGGCUGGGGAGGUGAUGACUGCCAAUUUCCAAUCCCUGCUCUUCGUAAUCCUCCUCGCAUUUCAAAGUCUAAUUUCCACAGUCUGCAUAUUGAGUGGGACAAGUGGAGAGUUCACCACGACUAUGGCCUAGGUAACGUCACAGGAUAUCGUCUAUUCUAUAGAUAUAUAACACCCUCUCCAGGCGCACAAAGAGAAGGAGAAUAUACUCUAAAAACAAAACUAAUUCUGAGUCAGAUAAAUCCUUGCAGGAGGUAUGAAAUAUACAUCCGAGCGUAUAGGAACGUAUCAGGAGAGCUUGUUGGAGGAAGACCAAGUCCAACUGUGUACCAUGACAUGGCAUGCAACUAUGGGAGUGUUGAAGUAACAAUAAUGGCUCAACCUGCAGCUGUUGACAUUGGAAAUAAGACAGAAGAUUUGAAGAUUGCCGUGUAUACGGGCGCCCUCUCUACCAACAUACUGCUGGGACGGACUUGUGAUACUGGUGUGGGGAAUACUGGACGACCUGUGUCCUGGUUUGACGGAAGUCCUUUCCCAGGGUCACAUGUUUUACCAACCAUGGCUUUUCCAAUGAAUACUUUGAUAGAAACCAUUGUUAAGUAUAACUAUCACUCCCUCGUCGCCAAGAUUCCGGGUGAAUCGUUUAAGGCCAAAGGUGGUGCAUUUUCAACUGAAAUUCGGGGAACAUGGGCAUUACCGAGCAAGUCAGCGAUAGUCGUAUUAGACAGAGAUGCUAACCCAAUGCCUAUUACAAGAUCAAUUGUCGUAGGAACUGGUGACAGGGCUGUCCUGUCUGUCGUCGUUGAGGGUAACGCAACCGGACUGAGAUGGCGGAAAAACGGUGAAGGAAUAAAACAAUGGAAGGACAAGAAAGCCGUGUUCAUAGAGCAUGUGCGAACUGAAGAUAGUGGAAUUUAUGAGUGUUUUUUUCCAGCGAAACGAAAUCAAGGAAAACAUGCAAUUAUUCAAUUAAACGUAAAAGAUUGCCCAUUAAGUAAAUACGGACCCGCUUGUGAUUUGGACUGUCCAGUUUGUUACAAUGGUGGAGUUUGUGAUUCUGUAACUUCGUUAUGUAUCUGCCCAAGCGGUUUUACUGGAUCUGAUUGUUCAGUGGUAUGCAAAUCUGGUUUUUGGGGACAAGAUUGUUCAUUGAACUGCAAUAACGAAGAAAACGGUUGCUUGGGAAACCUAUUCUGCCCGGCAACUCCUCUUGGAUGCUCAUGUUUACCCGGAUUUCAAGGAUCUGAUUGCAAAGAUGUGUGUAGAGAUGGCUUUUAUGGCCCAGAUUGUAAACAAGUCUGUAACUGUCCAUUAUCACAUUGUGACCCAGUCUUCGGAUGUGCCCCUGGCUCCUGUUAUCCGGGAUAUGGUGGACCUCAAUGUCAAGAACAUAAUGGCAAUGUUUCGUGUACCAAUAGUACGUUCGGACCGCUAUGUAACCGUCACUGCCAUUGUAAAAAUUCGGAUACAUGCCAUGAUAAUGGCACGUGCAAAGAUGGAGUCUGUGGUAACGGAUGGGCUGGACGUGAUUGUCAAAUAGCUCUACCGUAUCUUGCAUACGGCCCAACAUUAUCUGUUUCUAAAAAUCGCCGAGAGAUCUUCGUAAGUUGGUUUGAUUGGACAUUUGGUCGUGACUUCGGAACUGGUCCAGUCGUAUUGUAUGAAAUAUUCUACAAGGACGCAAUCAAUGGUAACUACACCACAGGUGGUACUACUGAAACUACUGGUUUUCUCUUGAAUAAACUAAGACCAGGGAAGCAGUACAAUGUUGCCAUCAAGUGUUUGAAAUAUGUUGAUGGACACCUAGUGCCUGGACCAGCAAGUUCAUUUACUGCCGUUUCAACUUGCAGAUUGGCAGAUUUGUAGAGAGCGCCACUCUUUUGAUGUUCGGUUGCCAUACAGUACAAGUAUUCUAUCGGUUUUCAGCCCCAUGAAUUAAAAUAGAGUUUAGUAAUAACAAAUAUGGUUGCUGAGAAAAGACAUUAGAUAUUUAUUAAUAAUCGCAUGAUUAUAAAUAAUUACAAUACGAUAUGAAGUAUUUUAAAAUACUAAUAAUGCUUGUGUUUAUCUUAAAUAGUAUUAACAAAAAAUAAUUCAGUAUUGUGUAAUACAGUAAUUAGUACUAUUAUUUGUUAUCAUCUGUAUCAUUUUUAUUAUUAUCAAUAUUAUAUCAACACUAUUGUCUUCAUACCUUUUUCAUUAAUACUAGUAUCAUCAGUGGCAUUGCUAUCAUUAUCAGUAGAAUUGCCCAUCAUUUGCCUGUUUGGACUAUACAGAUAUUUUUUUCCUGAUGACGAUUGAAGCAACAUAGAGAAAUUCUGAACAAAAACAACUUCUAUGUACUUAAAAUUCUUUGAUUACUUUGUAUCUGUCCAAACCCUGAUAAAUAUUAUUAUACUGCACAAUGUGUAAUAUGUGUGUAUUUGUUCAAUAAAAAAAAAAUGAUUAGGGCGUAUAAAACCUGAAAAGAACCGAUUUGGUUACAUUUUAAGAAUCUUGACUCUUGUUGUUAUAAUGUUCAUUGUAAUGGUUUUAUAUUUAUUUAGAAACUUACACAAUAACAAUUAGAAUGCACUGAAAACCAAUAAACACAAAAAGCUAUAUAUAUCCGUACAUUGUUUAUCGUUUCAACAGACGGCUAGGAAAAAACACUUUCGCAAACUGUCGAAGUCGUGUCCAUGUAUAUGUAUUCUGGUUGGGAAUACGGGCUUGAUGUGAACGUAGCCAUGGGCAGCUUUAGGAUAAGCCUGCACCUAUACACUACUAUGUUGGCGGUGCCAUAUCAAGUAAAGGGAGGUGCAACUUUUCAUGGGAAAAAAAAUAAUUAAACAGUUAGACUAGAUACAAGAUUAUCAGUCAUUUACUUUUACUUAAAAAAUUGAAUAACAUUUAAGAGGUACGCAUCCUGAGGCAAUUAU